AUGACUCAAUUGACUAAACUAUUCACUCUUCUUUUCCUCCUUCCUUUCCUCGCUCAGGGUCUUGUGCUUCCACCAGCUAACACCAACGAACAUUUCAGGAAAGCUUUGCAAGAUGGAAUGAAAAGACAUCAUGAUCAAUCGAAUUACCUUCGAUCCUUGACCUCCUCUAUCGGUACAGAUAAACGAGAUGGAUUAUACGAAAGACAACGAGGAGGUGGUCGUGGACGAAACAGAGGUGCGAACGGACGAGGUGGAAGAAAUAGAGGAGGCAAUGGCAAUGCCGGUGCUGCUGCUGGUGGGGCUCUGGCCGGUGCUGCUGGAGGUGUAGUAGCUGGAGAUGCUGCAGGUGAUGCGGCCGCUACCGCUAGUGCUACCGAUACUGCUGCUGCUGCUGCAGCUACCGAUGAUUCAGCAACUGCAACUGAAGAUGCUGCCGGAGCAGCUGAAGAGACUGCCACCGCUGAGGAAGAGGAAGGAGCCGAAGGGACGGCUACAGAAGCAGCAACAUCAGCUGAAGAAACUGCCGCUGCUGAAACAAGUGUUGAAGGUGAAGGUACAACUACUGUUACUGCUACUGCUGAAGCUACAGAAGCUGCAGGCGAAGCUGGGGCGGAAGCUACCGCUACGGAAGCAGCCACCGCAACCGCUGCUGCUGCUGCUGAAGGCGAAGGCGAGGCUACCGCCACUGAGGCAGCUGGAGCUGAAGAGACCUCCGCUGAAGCCGAAGAAUCUGCUGCUGUUGCUGAAGAAACCGAAGCUGUUGAGGCUACAGCUACUGCUACCGAAGCUGGGCUAGCAGGAGAGACAGCCGCUGCUGAGGCGAUCGCUACUGAAGCUGAACGAGCAGAUGGUACUGCCAAAGCAACAGCCACUGCGACCGCUAAAGAGGAAGCUGGCGCUGCUGAGACUACCUCUACUGCUGAAGCUACUGCCACCAAAGCUGCCGAAGGCGAGGCUGAGACAACUGCAGCUUCAGCCGAAGAAACUAUUGCUGCUGAAGAGACGGCAACAGCUACUGAGGAAGCUGCCGAAGCAGAAGCGACUACUGCUGAGAUAGCAGGCGAAGCUGAGGCGACCACUGCAGAAGCCACUGCUACUACCGAAGCCUACGUCACAGCUACUGCGACCGCUGCCGAAGCUACAAGUGAAGCCGAGUCAGCUGCUACUGACUCUGCUACCCACGCUGCUGCUACUGCCACUGCUGCUGCUGCUGCUGAAGGAGAAGAAGAAGUCGCUGCCACCGAAACCGCUACAGAGGCCGCCGAAGCUACCGCUACAGCUGCUGAAGCUGAAGCUGGUGCCGAGGAAGAAUCAGCGGCAGCUGGAGAGGAAGCAGGAAGCUCGGAUGCUACUGCGGACUUGGAGGGUUUAUUAAGUGGAACGGGAUUGGCAGGUCUCUUGGGUGGCGGUGCUGCAUAA